AUGCUCGUCAUCUAUUGUUUGGGCAUCUUUUCCAGAGGUGCUGUCGUUUUCAGGGGGAUCACUACCUCUGUGCGACCUUCCUUUCCUGUUCGAUCUCCCACACACAGCGAAAGUUGGGGUACCAUUCGGAACCUCCUGAAAUUCGGGCGACGAUCACGUGUUCGUUUUAGCCUCGCUUCCUCAUUCAGGGGAGGGGGGUAUCAUAGGACGAUCCGAAGAGGAAAGCACGUGGGGGUUGAACCCAACACUACGUUCAGCUACUAUAAAUCGGGUAGCGGUUCAUUGAUGUUUCCGCACUGUUUUCUUUAA